GAGAGAGAGAGAUGGUGCAGCAGCCAUAUAUGGGCACACCAUGGAAUCUGCCUUGCUAUUGGAUGUGGGCCGCAGCUGCUUGUCAACAAGAUGGCCUUCUUGCUUUUGCCGUUUUGACACCGAUUAUUUACCGUGAAAGCGUGUGUCACUUCUGAACAGAUAGCGGGAGAGGCGCUGCUAAGAGUCCUAACGAAGCGUACACCACGCCGGGUCGAGUUCACAGAGUUGACAGCAGCAACAGCCUCGACAGCAGGCAGCUUUCCACACGGGGUGAAAGUAGCUGCUGGCUAAUGUCGACGUUAGCCACUCAGGUAGCUUAGCUACGUAUGUACGGAUGGUUAACUCGAGUUACCGCACAUACUGGUUCGGUUAGUAGGAGGUAUAUCGGGAGAACUAUUGUCAUACACCACUUGUGAGUCAAGAGCUUUAUGUGUGGAUAUUAACACAGUUCAGAUUUUAUGCCCAGUGUUGAUGGUGAUCAUAGUGGCAGACAGUCCCCCUCAGGUUGGUGCCUGAGUUCUGGCCCUGGGUGGUUCCUGCCCAGCAUAGAUGCCAGUAUGCUCCGGUGGUCUGCAUCCUGAUGGAUCGAGACACAUUCUCUCACAUCCGCCUGUGGUGCCCACGCCCAUUUGGCACCUACUCCCAGAAUAAAGCUCGCAACACAGGUUCAGGGAAUAGUGGCAGUGGAGCAGGGGGUGGGGUAGGACCCCCACCUCUUUGCAAAGCUGAGGCUUCCACAGGAGGCAGAAGGACGGUGGAUAGAAAUGAAGAUGGUGGGUUGAUGGUGGGGAUGCCAGAACAGGCUGGCAAACAGGAAGAUGUAGGUUCAGAAAACACUCCCCCUGAAUCUGAGGUUAUUUCCAGCUCUUUGACACAGAGCCACACACCUCCAUCCUCAUCAUCACUUCCUUCACCACCUGCUUCUGGGUCACAGAUGGACGAUGGCCGCGUACUGUUGGACACCUGGUAUGUCAUUAAGCCAGGGAAUACCAAGGAGAAGAUUGCCUUCUUUGUUGCACACCAGUUCAGUGGAGCAGGGCAGCCCAGACCCAGCGCCAUGAAGGUUAAAGGCAACUGGGCAACUGACUGCAGUAAAGCCAAAAGACGAAGACGAUGUUCAUCCUAUGAUCCUCCAACACGCUCCCAACCUUCAAAGCCUCAUCUUAGCCAUGACUCCCCCCUGGCUCCUAAUACACCUCUUAGCCCUGAUGAGCCACAACUAGGAGGUGUGACUGAAACAGAUCUGCUGUCUGUGGCAGAGAUGGUUGCCUUGGUGGAGCAGAGGACAGCCAUGGCCCUACAGGGGAUUGUGGCUGUUCAAGGGAACCACCAUUCCUCAACAACCGCCCAAGGCCUUGCCACCCACCAGCACACUGUACUUCGGGGAACAACAUCAGACCCCUCUCCAAUGGUGUUCCUGUCAGAAACCUCAAAUAGCCAUGCUUCUACUGAGACACAAGAAACAUCAUCUCCGAUCCAAACAGACCAAGAGCUGGAGGAGCAGCGGCAUGAGACCUGCAAGGUAGCGCAGGCAAUCGCGCACUUUGAGUCCCAGAACUUGGAGAAUCGGCCCUAUCCAGGCUCUUGUUCUGGGAGUGGUAUAGACUCUUCUAAUCGAGACAGAGAGAGGGAGUGCAGGAGAGGAGGUGAGUCAGGAGCUGGUAUUGUAGUCCCUCCUCAUUCUUCCAGAAAUGGUCAUGGUGAGGUGAGGAUAGCCUUCAGAGUGUCAAACCUGGACCCACGGUCUUCAUUGGAGCCCACUGGCCGAUCUCGCUGUAUGUUUAUGAGCUGUGGUGGUGGAGGUAACCAGGCAGGAGCCAGGGCCAAAGAGAAAAUCACUUGUGACCUCUACCAGCUUGUCAGUCCCUCCUCACGAGACCCUGGUAGUCUACUGCUGGCUGCUGCGACUGCCACCCCCAAACCACACGGAGACCACAGUCACCCUGACAGACAAGCUUGUGGAAGUCCGGAAUCAACCCAGGAGCUUUCUUCAGGGGAGAAGAAAGUCAUAGGUGUGAGGGAGAGAGUGACUGGUUUCCAUGUGGAAGUGGUCGUGACAGGUGCUGUGGACCAGUGUGUGUUCUACGGUAAAGACAGCACAGAAAAUGUGCAGGAGCAGACUGUGUGUUUUGCAAUGCCCAGUGGGACUGGAAGCAGUGGUGGGGGUGGAGGCAGCUCUACUGAUCCCUCAUCAGAUGAUCCUCCUCCUGGCCAGCUUUUUUUCCUUCAACCUCAUCGGGGUCUUGAGGAUGACUUUAAAGGAAUGGACACCGGCAGCGAGUCAGGACUUUGCUCUUUGGACUGUGCCAACAACGGCGGCCGUGGGACAGGUGGACUAGUAGGUCCAGGGGAGCGAGUCACUCCAGUGGACUCUCCCCUGGCGAGCACUGCAGAUGACUGCUCAGAUCCUUCACUCUGUUGCCUCUACCGCCAUGUUUCCCAUGACUUCCUGGAGAUUCGAUUUCAGAUUCAACGCCUCCUUGAACCCCGUCAGUACAUGCUGCUGCUUCCUGACCACAUCAUGGUCAACAUCUUCAGCUACUUGCCAACACGCUCCCUAGCAGCUCUCAAGUGCACCUGCCACUACUUCAAAGAGCUGAUUGAAGCAUACGGCGUCCGGGCUGUGGAUUCACGUUGGAAUCAAGACCCUCUUUAUAGAGAUGAUCCUUGCAAACAGUGCAAGCGGCAUUAUGAGCGAGGCGACGUGUCAUUAUGCCGCUGGCACCCCAAACCUUACCACCACGACCUGCCUUAUGGACGUUCGUACUGGAUGUGCUGCCGGCGUACAGACAAGGACACACCAGGCUGCCGUGUUGGACUCCAUGAUAAUAACUGGGUCCAGCAGCCUACUGAUGGCUGUCAGCCCAUCCGCACUAGGAGGGAAGAGAGGAGAGAGGAGGCCAGGUAGGGAGUAAGGGGUACAACACAGCACCUCUUAUUCUUCUCCAGCAUCUCUCCUUUCGCUCUCUGUAAUCACUGUUCAGAAGAGUAAUAGGAAAAAAGGAGAAGGAGAAAUCAUCACUCCAGACUUUAUUUUUUAAAAAUCAUUCUAGCACUUUUUUUUUUCUUUAUACUUGCCCUCAGUGUUGCUGGGAAAAAGGAGAGGCAUGUCACUUUUGCCUUUUUUUUUUUUCUUCUUUUUUUUUUAUGCCCUUCAGAAUACCCACCCUUCUCCUCGGUGUGCAUCAGCGGCAGAGCCUCCUGCUCCUGUCAGUCAGCCCUCCUACUCAUUUGGGUUUCUGUCUGACUCUACUUGAUCGUUGGGUAAUACAUAUGAAGACUUGCCGUGUAUUUGAUUGAGAUUAGCAUUCAUGCAGUGACGUAUAAAAAUGUAAUGCCCUAGAGCCUGCUUACUUUCUUCUGUCGUCUCACAAACGUUAGCUGUACAAUGAUGCUUCAAGGAAUGAGCUGUACUGAAUCCAACAGAUGUAUAACUUCGGUGGCGGAAUGUUUUAGCUUUGCUGUAGAAAUGUGAUUGUAUAAAGCAAACUUAACUUUCCGUUGUACCAGAUGGCCAUUUGUACCCGUCCUACACCGUGUUUCUAUUUUCUCUGAAUGUGCUGUUACGUACUCUGUUGAUCAGCCCCCCCCCCCCGACAAUGCUGCUGAAAUCUUUGCCUGUGUCACCAUGUCGAUGCUGAAAUAGCCAUACCGUUGGUAGACGGGCACAGUUCCACCAUGCUGGCCACUGAGACCAGUUCCUGUCAGUGUUUCAGAGUGGACCCUAACCUUGCUGAUCAGCUAUUUAAAAAUAAAAAAGAGCCACCAAGUACUCUGGUUUACAGACAACAAUGGGAGAUAAAUUCUGAGAUCUUAGUUGGUGUGAAUGGAAAAGAGAAACUUGAUGUCCUUUUGGAAAGGUCUCUACUUUUGUGUGGUGUGAGUGGCUUUUUUUUUUGUUUGUUUUUAAUUGGUGUGUGUUCCAGAGAAUGUUUACCAUUGUAUUUGCUUUUAUUGCUGACAGUCUUCUCCUGACGCAACCUUCAGAGACUUAUUUUUCUUAAUUUGCUUUUUCCUUCCCUUUUGUCCUCCAAUUCAGCAGAGGGCAGUGUUUGCCAAAGCCAUCAUUCGUGCUUUGAAGCGGGUGAAACAAAUUGCCACAGAAACUCUACACCAGCUUCCAGCCUUAAGAGUACCUCUUACCCACCCUGCUGGAGAUUGAGGUGUCAGAUACCUCACAGAGUUUUGGGAUAUGCACAGGACCCUGUAGGUGGCUCAGCUUUUGAGGCUCAAAACUCCACAGCACUACCGGUUCCACCCAUAACUCUAUGGAAGUGUAAGAUUAACAGUGCCUGGUGCUGGCUCUGACGCUUCAUUCUCAGAAAAGAAAAGAAAAAACAAAACACCCUUUUAUCUCCCCCUGCUUUUAAACUCUCUGCAACCAGACAACAUGAACUCUGAAUAACUAAUGUGAUGAAUAAUGCUGAAAACCUGCAUGGAGGUGGGAAGCAGUUGGGUGGCUAUGGGAAAACUCUCGGAUCCAUGUACAAUGCUAAUGGGAGAUAUGCUUAAAUAAAAAAAGUGAUGAUUAAAACUGGAAAUCUCAGUCCCAA